UGAAGAGGGUUCCUGGUCUAUCCAGCCUCAGGGUUAUUGUGGAGUCAGCUGAGAAGUAAAUUAGGGUCCAUUUCCAUUUGCGCGCUUAAAAAUGAAACAUGCAGCAAUCGAAUGUUUGUCUGCGUUCCAACAUUCUCUUUCUUCUAAUCACAGCAAGCAUUUAUUAGUCAUUGGCACUGGCAUUGCUGGACUUUAUCUUGUUGGGCAGGUUUACGUCUCGUACAAGAGAGCCCAACGUAGAAAGAAAUGGGCUUCAGUUGAAAAGAAUAUGGUGAUACUUCAUCAGUUUGAACGAGGAAAGAAUACACCAAGUAUAUCUCCAUUCCCUUUGAAACUGGAAACAUACUUGAGAAUGACUGGCAUUCCUUACGAGAGUGAUUUUGAAGAGCCAAUGGGACCUAAAGGUAAAAGUCCCUGGAUUACCCUAAAUGGAGACGAAGUUUCAGAUUCCCAGCUGUGCAUGGAACUAUUGGCCAGGAAAUUCCAUAAAGAUUGCAGCGCACACUUGUCAACUGAAGAACAAGCCAUAGCUAGAGCAUUCCAAAUCAUGGCUGAGGAACACUUGUAUUGGGGUUUGCUUCUGUGGCGUUGGAUUUACACCAAAGGACGGACCCUAUGGCAGAUUCAACCCAAUAUUCCUAUAGGUUUCAGCCUGAUUAUGCCGUUGGCGAUAAAAAAACUUAAAGGACAUGCCUACGGUCAAGGAAUGGGUCGUCAUGCAGAAGCAGAUGUCAUUGAAAUGAGUGUUAAGGACUUGAGAGCCAUCUCUAACUUUCUUGGCACCAAACCGUUUUUGAUGGGCGACAAAGCGAUCGAAGCUGACUGUGCCGUGUUUGGAAUUCUCAGUCAGUUGCUUUGGAACUGCCCCGGCUCACCAUUUGAACAACUCGCGAACGGCGAAUUCAGCAACUUGAAAAGUUAUUGCGAACGUAUGAAAGAAACGUUCUGGCCUGACUGGGAUCGUUGUCUGAAUCCUCCUCGCAUUUAAUUCAUUCAGGCAAUAAUUAUUCUCUUUCACGCUUCGCUUUAAAUGUGAUGUUCCUAUUUCCUCUUUAUGAAAAAGAAUUUAAAUGUAUGAGAAGGCUGUUCAGAUGUAGAUCAAAUGCAAUAGAACAGUAAAAUUGCGUAAAA